AAAACAGAAACCGCCUUUCCUCCGGCAAACUGUUGAGCGGUUAACCCCUGAUUGAAACCCCUUCUCUCUCUCUCUCUCACUCUCGACGAUCUCAAGUCCUCAAGCCCUACCCGAUUCCCUUUCUGAAAUCGUUAGGUUGGGAGAUGGAGUCCACUGGUAGCGCUAGAUUAGUUGGCGGGAAUCAAGUUUCGCUGCCCUUGACUACAACAACAACUCAUCAUCGGUUUGCCAAAGUGAAAAGGCAAGGCAACUUUCAACCGAUAAAUGACGUCUCUGCCCCCCAAUCAUGCUCCCUUCACGCCAAUCCACACUCGGUGUCUCCGUUUGUGACUCGCCGGAAGAGCCAGAUCAACCCUGACUGUGGUGUUGUCAAGUUGGAGGAGGAGGAAGAUGUCUCACUCCCGGAGGUGAAUGGUGUUCACGCUGGAAACUCACGUCAUGUGGAUGUCAAACGAGAACUCGUGAUGCUAUCUCUUCCUGCCAUUGUUGGACAGGCUAUUGAUCCCUUGACGCUCCUCAUGGAGACUGCUUACAUUGGCAGGCUCGGAUCUGUAGAGCUGGGUUCGGCUGCCGUUUCUAUGUCCAUCUUUAAUACCAUAUCUAAGCUCUUCAACAUUCCCCUCCUCAGCGUUUCCACUUCUUUUGUCGCUGAAGAUAUCGCUAAGGUUGCCGCUCAAGAUUUAGCCGAAGAGGAUAUGCACGGUGACAGACCUUCUCAAGGUUUACCAGAAAGGAAGCAGUUGUCUUCAGUUUCAACAGCGCUAGUGUUAGCCAUUGGAAUUGGCAUCUUCGAGGCACUUGCGCUGUCUUUGUUAUCUGGACCUUUUUUAAGGUUAAUGGGUGUACAAUCUACGUCAGAAAUGUUCAUUCCUGCGCGGCAGUUUCUUGUCCUUAGAGCGCUUGGUGCCCCUGCUUAUGUGGUCUCUUUAGCUCUUCAAGGCAUUUUCCGUGGAUUCAAGGAUACCAAAACUCCAGUCUACUGUUUAGGUAUUGGUAAUCUUCUGGCUGUGUUUCUGUUCCCUUUGUUUAUCUACCAGUUCAGGAUGGGUGUAGCUGGGGCAGCAAUCUCUAGCGUCAUUUCCCAGUACACUGUGACCAUUGUAAUGAUUAUGCGUCUCAACAAAAGAGUUAUACUGCUUCCUCCAAAGAUGGGUUCACUAAAGUUUGGCGAUUACCUAAAAUCUGGGGGAUUUGUUCUUGGAAGGACUCUAUCAGUGCUCAUGACCAUGACUGUUGCCACGUCAAUGGCGGCUCGUCAAGGAGCUUUUGCUAUGGCAGCACAUCAGAUAUGCAUGCAAGUUUGGUUGGCUGUAUCUAUGCUUACGGAUGCACUAGCUUCAUCUGGACAGGCCUUAAUCGCGAGUUCUGCAUCCAAAAGGGACUUUGAAGGUGUGAAAGAGGUUACAACUUUUGUUCUCAAGAUAGGAGUUGUGACAGGCAUUGCGCUGGCUAUUGUGUUGGGGAUAUCAUUCAGUUCAGUGGCUGGUUUGUUCUCCAAAGAUCCUGAAGUUCUGCAGAUUGUGAGAAAGGGUGUAUUGUUUGUAGCGGCAACUCAACCAAUCACAGCGCUAGCGUUUAUAUUUGAUGGACUGCAUUAUGGAAUGUCGGACUUCCCCUACGCAGCUUGGUCGAUGAUGGUGGUGGGAGGAAUAUCAUCAGCGUUCAUGCUGUAUGCACCAGCAGGGAUGGGGCUAAGUGGAGUGUGGGUGGGGCUGAGUAUAUUCAUGGGGUUUAGGAUGGUGGCUGGAUUCGGCAGAUUAAUGUGGAAGAAGGGACCAUGGUGGUUCAUGCAUACAACAAGUCACAAGCGUCUUGCUUAAAAGCUGCGUGCGAGAGAGAGAGACGUCCCCCAUGUUCAGCUUUGUUACAUAUUAUUCCCUUAAUGUUACUACGUUUUAUUCUCAUUAUUGCUUCGUUUGUUAGACACAAGUCACAAAACACUCAAUUCUUCGAUUUCAUCCUUGUAAUAAAUCAUUAGAAUUGUGUUAUAUUAGCUUAUGAAAUUUCGGUUAAGGCAACCCCA